GUGCCGAAUUACUCCCAUCACCAUCAACGCAUCGCUCGUUCCAGCAUUAAGGAGAGCUCGGUACCUACGAUAACGGGUGCUAAUAUCGGGUAUGCGCUAUAGUUGUGCCUUACAUCGCCAGAUCUAAGAGCUUCAGCGUCCCGUGUCGUAGAACAAGGUCUGGGCGACGCGCGCAACUUGUGUCUCAACCUGCCUUACCCGUUUGCAGUACCUCCACCUACAUCGCGCCGUAGAAAUCUGAAACCUACCAAACGUUAUAUACACCCUCAUCAUGGCUGAUGAACCGCGUCGCUCUGGUCGCUCGACCAAGGGUCAGCACAAGAACCUCGAUUUGAUCCCCGAAACGCCCGCGAAGAAGCCAAAAGCGAAAGCGCAAGCGAAAGAAAAAAACCCGAAGCCGUCCGCAGAGCCCACUCCCCCUCCUGAGGAGGAGGAAGAAAUCAUCCGAUGCGUAUGUGGCGAGUACGAGGAGGAGGAAGAUAUCGAGCGUGACAUGAUCUGCUGCGACAACUGUUCGGCAUGGCAACACAAUGACUGUAUGGGCUUGACGUUCGCGAAGGGGGAGGAACCUGAUCAGUACUUCUGUGAGCAAUGCAAGCCCGAGGAUCACAAGGACUUGCUUGAGAGGAUGGCUCGGGGUGAGAAGCCAUGGGAAGAGGUUGCAGAGAGGCGACGCAAGGAAGCCGAAGAGAUGAAAGCGCAGCGGCGCAGGAAGGGUAAGAAGGGACGGAAGGGAGGUAGACAGAGCGAGGUCAAAGCCGAGACAACGACACCUGCUCGUGCCACAGCUCCACGCGCAUCUGCCACACCAGCAGAAACUCCUGUGGCCAAGACUCCUGUGGCCAAGGCCCCGACACCUGCACCUGCACCUCCACCUUCACCUCCAUCUGCAGCUCCAUCUGCACCUCCUGCUGUAGCUGCUCCUACCCCCACGCCACCAGCAGCUCCUACCCCAGCGCCAGCUCCGGAGACGAAUAACCAGACGGAUAACCAUGCUGCUGAAGAGCGGCGACCGAGCGCGCAGAAGCGCAAGUUUAGUGAGCACCAGGAAGUACCGGCCCCGGAAGCUACGAAACAACAAAAGGUCUCGCCACCCGUGAAUAAUACCCCAACACCUCAACCCAAGAAGACUGCCUCCGUGAAGAAGGAGUCCAAAUCGCAGGCCCCGAAGCAACCCCCUGUCGCGCCUGUCGCACCAGUUUCAGCAACAGAGGCGGCCAAGUCCAUCGCGGAGCUCAUCAUCCCCGCUCGAAGGAAUGCUGCCAAUGCGCUGUCAAAGGUCUUUGUAGAUCAAAUUUCCAAUGCGUCGACCGGAGGGUCUUUCAAGCUACCCGAAGGCAAGUCUGGGGAGGAAUUUGGCGAGCAACUCGGCCUCUCGGUCGAGCAUGCUAUGUAUCAGAAUCUAUGUGGAGGAUCUGGAGAGCCUACAGAAGCGUAUAAGUUACAACUGCGGACGGUUUUGUUCAACGUAAAGAAGAACCCUUCUCUACGGGAUCGUCUGCUCGUAGGUAGUUUACUCCCUGAGGCUCUUUCUAAAAUGAGCUCCCAAGACAUGGCAAGUGAGGAACUGCAGCAGAAAGAUGCUGAGAUCAAGGCGGAAGCUGAGAGACAGCACAUCAUCGUCCAAGAGCAGGGCCCCCGGAUUAGGCGGACCCAUAAGGGGGAGGAGAUAGUCGAGGAUGAGCAGCAUGUCUCUAGCGAGCCCGUCUUCUCAGCUGCUCCUCGUCGUUCCACUGUCGCUGAAACAGAUGGCAGUCCCGCAGCACAAAGCCCAACCAGCCCAACAGCCAAGCAACCCGAGACUGAUGGCCAGGAAAAGACCCCCCAAGAAACAACGCCAAACGAACGACCGACAACCCACGAUGAGCAUUUCCCACCUCGAGGCCACUCGCCUGGUGCUGGACAAGAACAAGUCUUUCCCGAAGUCGAGACACACAUCAAUGAACCAAUACCAACAGGAAAGGUCCAGGCUGAUGCAGAGAUCGAUAAGCUGUUGAAGGACGACGAGCCCGAGUCUCCGCCAUAUUCGCCAAAGGAGUUCCACGAUGAGGGCGCGAUAUGGCAUGGCAAGGUUGUCAUGAACCCUGUCUCGGAGUUCUCAUCUUUCGCCAAACAUGUUGGAGGAGCGGACCUCAGCGGCAGGAUACCUUGGGGUCAGCUCGUUCCAUCUACGUUGUUGAUCGACGGGAGAAUUGAUAUCCAGCUUGCCAGCAACUAUCUAUGUGGUCUGCGGUUCAGUUCCUCGACGGACGUCACCGUCAUCUCCAUCAGCAGCCCGGAAUCACCGAAGGAAAAGGCAGGCUUUGACAAGCUGUUCAACUACUUCCAGGAGCGCAAGCGAUACGGUGUCAUUGGGAAACACCCUCUACCGGCUGUGAAGGAUACAUAUCUCAUUCCCAUUGAGGCAGGAUCGACGAAGAAACCCGAGUUUAUUGAGCUUCUAGAGAAUAACGCGCUUGAAGAUCCUACACCCGAGCGUGUCCUGCUCGUCGUGUUCGCGAUCAAGACGGGAGAGUCAAAUCCCCCUUCAGUGCAACCUUCAUCACACCAUUCGAGCCUGGAGCCCGCAGCUUCAGCAAGUCCUUUGACCGUUGCCUCCGCCACUCCACAACAAGCGCACUUUGCCACUCCAGGUCCACGGCCUUCAAUCCAACAGCAGUACGCCCAAACACCCACACCAGCAUUCAACGUCGCUGCCCAAGGCCAACAACAACGCCACCACCAAGCGCAGGCGCAGCAACCACAACCACAGGCUGCCAUGUACGACUCAUACCAGCCGCUGCCAGCAGAGAACGAUGGAUCCCCCAUCGGCCUCGCGGCGGCCGUCCAGGUCCUCGGCCCGCAAGCAAGCACCCCUUCAAUCCAAAAGCUCCUACAGCAGGUGCCCAAAGUCACAAUCACCCAGCUUCAGAUCGUCCGGGACAUCCUGGUACAACACCCCCAGGCAGCCUCGGACUAUGACUCGCUCAUGCAUGAACUAGUAAAAGCUACUUCACCCAAUGGGAAUGGUCAUGCCCCAGCGCAGCCCGCGCAGUAAUAGUGCCGUGUUAUUGUUGUACCAUACUUCAUCCGGUUCAUUCCCAUUUUACGCUUUCGUAUCCUCUUAUUGUCCUUUGAAUCGAUGUGAUACAUUUCUGCUUUGAUUCUCAUGUUUCAUUCGUUUCUUCCUUGCUGUCAUGUGGACUUGGUCAAUGCGGGCACGGUGUUUUUAUGAUAUGAUGCGCUGUGGGCUCUCCUCUAUUUGGAGGACGGAAAACGGGUUUCUAGUUGAAUAUAUGGGAUGCUAUAUCGGUUAGUCUUGACGAGCUGCUAGUGGCUUCUCGACAUCAGUUAUGGAUUGAUUGUUUUUAUCUACUCAAUUGUUGUCUUCUAAAGACGCAACCUUGAAACCAGCAGCGUUUUUUCUGUACACACACUCUUAGUAGUAAAACUGGUACCAUAUUCUUUUGACCUGCCUUAGAGAAAGGUCAUGUAUUCGUAGACAAAAGCAAGUUAUGAUAAGACGGAGCUUUGACAUCUUUAGAGCGUAUAUCUAGAUGUAGGCACUAUUACCUUUACAUACUUUCAUCCCUAAUAUCCUAGGCACACUAGAAACAGAACGCCUGCGCUAUGCAAAUCCAGACCGAUACAAAGGCGCGGACGAAGCAAACCAGAAAGAUAAACGACACAUUCCCAACUCAUCAUCACCACCGCCCGCUCCGUUUCUUAUAACCACCACCACCUCCACCACCACCAUACCGUGGUCCCCGUCCACCACCAGAUCGACCUCCCCAGCCACCGCCAUCCUCCUCGUCGUGGUGACGAAUAGGCGGAGGCCGUCCCUUGAGUUCCUCGCUCAGCUUCUUGAAGCCCUUGCGCAUAUCUGAGUAUCCCAUGUGCAUCUUUCCGAAGAAAUGGUCCGCCAGGCGGCGGUCGUUGUCCAGCCGACUAAGGUACGCUCCGCAGACGUCGCACACUUGAAGUUUUUGGUGUCCCGAGGGACCGGAUGUAUCCUGGAGGUUCUUGAGCUCCCGCUCGCAUGUCUCCUUUUGGUGCUUUGCGGUGCGGAUCUUGUGGAGUUCGUUCAGGGCUUGCGCGACGGAGCCUGUUUCGCCGAGUACGGAGACUUCGAGAAGACCGGUGUUGAUGGUCUUCGUUAGGUCGGAAAUUUGUUUGAGCUGUUCAGGUUCAAGAUGUGUUAGUAGGGAUAUUUAAACUUUGAAGUUUAGUUUCAGAGGACGGUGCGCACCAGGUUAUUCGUCUGUCGGAUUUCAUCCGGUGUCUUCUCCAGACGUCGCUGGGCAGAUUCAAUUCUCCGGUCACAGUCAUCGAUAUAUUUUUGCAUAUCUCGCAUGUAAUCGUAAUCGAACCCCCAUUUCGCCUUCUCCGACGGAGACGCGCUUUCGUACUCUGCCUUCAAUCCUUCGCUAUGCACCUUUGGACAAGGGCCAAGGUCCUGCUUCGUAUUCGUGAAGAGAUCGUGCGGACAGGUUCCAACGAGGUAUGAGCGACAAACUUUCGGGUCCGUGAUAGAGAGUUGAGCGUUGCGAGAGGGUGCCCCGAGUCCUACAAGCUGGU